GGUUUCGUCUUCGUCUCCGUAUAGAUAAUUUUGGAUUUGAGUUUUAUGGCUCCUGUUUUCCCGAGCUGAGAAGAGGACAGAGCAAGCCGCAUCCAUGGCGUCAGCGGCGACCCUUCCGAAGCUUCGGUUCAGGCCAAAAUGCCACGGCCACUUCCAGGCAAUCUAUCCGGUUCAUGUCCAUAUCAAGAACUGCAAUGCUUGCAAGUGUCAGAUUCCUACCCACGGGUUGCUUGUUUCCAGCGCGAGAAGUCGUCCUGUCCUGCCAGUGUCGGCAGUUGGAUCAGGUUCGUUGCAAGUUUCAACUUGCAGCUCACAAUUGAUGUCAUAAAUGUUAACCAAAGAAAUGCAGGCGGGGGCUCAUCGGUUGCUGAGGACGAGAGGAAGAGUGGCUUGUCGCUGCAGAACGCCAAGACAUCCGUUGUGUCACGCGACGAUGAAACGAUCAAUGUAAGAGUGGAUUUGCCUGGAAAGGCGACACAGAAGGUGUUUGAUGAAGCCUUGACAAGCUUGGCUCGUGAUGCACCGCCAGUUCCAGGUUUUAGGAAGUCCAAAGGAGGGAGAACAUCAAAUAUACCAAGCAGCAUUCUGCUGCAGAUGCUUGGCAAAAGCCGGGUCACCAAGUUCGUUCUUCAGGAAAUACUCAGCAUCACUGUUGGUGAUUUUGUAAAGAAGGAAAACCUGAAGGUGAACCCUGAAAUCAAGACAACCCAGUCAGAAGAAGAGCUCGAGUCAUCGUUUACGCCGGGUUCAUCAUUCAGUUUCAGUGUUGUUCUGCAGCUUGAGAAGCCUGAAUCUGAUGAGACCUCAGAGAACUCUGAAUCUGACGAGGCUUCUGAGCCCUCUUCUUGAUAGUAGUAGUUCAGAGAAGUGCUUCACAUUUGUAUCACUCCUUGCUAUUCUCGCUAGAGAAUGUUCUUCAGAAGAGCAAGCAAACAAUUUCAGAUGAGACAUUGCAGUUGAUAUGCAGGUUGCAAGUGACACAUCUAUGAGAUUUGUGUA